GAGACGCAGCAUGUGGAGACCGUCCCACCUCACUUGCUGCAGAUCCGCGCCAUGUAUUCGCCCAGGGCGAAGUCCGAGGAGGUCGAAGGUGAGGAAGAUGUGCCCCUAGGUGACAGCGCGAUCACCCCGGUGAACGAUGUGGCGGCCAUGACGGCUGCGGAGGACCUCCUGCAAGGUCAGCCAGAUGAGGAGUGGGACGAGGAGGCGAUGCUGAAGCGCGAGCUGGCGAAGCUGCACACCGGCGAGGAUGUCAUUGCCUUCUUCGCGAAGAACGGCUCCAACUCCUCGGUGAAAUUUGUCUACUGCAAGCGAAGGGAGCACGUGGAGGUGACGGACUUCCGGCCCUAUGACCUGGAGGUGAUCACCGAACUCAUGGAAGGGUCGACGGUCUCCACCGCGGCGAAGCUCGGAGAGCACUUCACCAUCUCGGCCACCGGCGUGGUCCACGUCUGUCCCGGUCAGCAGAGCGAGCACAUGUCACUGGGAGAUUGGAUGCAUCAGUGCCUGAUGUACAACGUGCUCACCUCUAUGAACUUCUUCAAGUACUACAUCCAUGGCAAGGUCUUUGGCCGCUGGAAGCAGCAUAGCCGCUUCACCACGUACUGUCACGCACGAAAGCUUCUGGUGAGGCGCCUUUUCCUUUCCAAGCCGCUCUUCGUGAACCCCUUGGUGAAGAUCCAAUCCCUGAUGCAGGAGGUGGAAUCAGUGAAGGUCCUCAAUAUUGGCUCGAACACUUAUGACUUGGCGAACUUUGAGAAGGAGCAGGCGACCGUGAGAUCCUCCACGGGCGCUGGCACCCAGAAGGAGCUGGAGGAGUUGCAUAACCAGCUCGUGGCGGCGCUGGAUCAGCUGGUCAGUGCGGUCAGUCAAUCCACCGAGCCGCAGCCGCAAGAGCUGCAGCCUGGGAGGCCAAGGAUGAAGUCCAUGGUGCAGGAGAAAAAGGAGGCCUCCGACAACGCGCGGCGGCACCGCUUGGCCGUGCACGAUAAGAAGAUGUUGGGAGAUUGUGUGCGAUUGGUGGACUACAUGUUCCAGGCCUGCUUGGCGAAGGUGGUGAUUAACGCGGCUGUGGAGUUCUUUCAGCGCGUGGACAGCUCCAGCAAGAUGUUCUCGAUUUCCGUGGCCUUCGGAGAGAAGAACAUGGUGUUUGAUCCAUGCCUGGAGGAUUUCCUGGAGAUGCUCACCAAGCUGUGGCGCGCCAGCGUGCAGGUGGUGAACGGAAUCCCGUCCCUCCUCAGUGAGGCACACUAUGCGAAGCACCUGGUCAACGGCACCGCCAACUCUCAAACGGUCGAGAGUAUCUUGAACAACAACUGGCAAUUCAACCACUACACUGCGGCCGUGCGAGAGAGGAUUCAAGCCGACAUCAACACGGCACAGAAAUUCUCGGACAAGCACUUCGAGCUCUUCCGGCGGAUCCACGACUAUGGCAACAGUUGGGAUGAAAAGGCUUAUGUGGCUGCGGCCACGGCACAGGAUUUGGCCUCCGAAAUGAGCUUGAUGCGUGAGUUCCAGACCGACCUGGACAAGUACAAGCAGCACCACCAUGUUGGCAUCAUCAUGAUCAACGGCAGCAACCUUCGCGAGAGCCUGCAACCGGUGCCCAAGGUGGGCUUGGCAGCGAUGAAGAGGGCAUUGGAGGACAUCGCGCGGAAGAAGUGCGAGGUGGUGAAGCGUCGCUUCGACCAAGCGAACAAGGUUCUCGACGAUCGGCCGAAGACGCUCAGUGGCUUUGCCGACUACAUCAAGGCCUUCAACGAGAUCAAACUUCAAGAACAGGAGCUGGAAGAAGCCCGAGAGGAGGUGGAGUCGAUCUAUCAGCUGCUGCGGCAGUACCACGUCCGCGUGGGCGGAACGGAGCUGGAGAACCUGGAGUUCCUUCAGGCCAAAGGGAGCGAGUUCACGGAUAAGAAGCUCAUUGAGGCCAACGCCUACAUCCGAGAGAAGUCAGAUGAGCAAGUGGAAAACCUGAACGGCGUCUCGCAAGCGGCAGAAGAAGAGGCCAAGAAGAUGUCCGAGCAGCUACGCUCCGGCUGUUUCGUGACACAGGGCAAUUUGAUGACUCCCGACGUGGUCUUGGAAGAGCUCGCGACCAUUCAGGCAGCGGUGUCCAAGUUGGAAGAGAAAGCGCAGAACUACAACGACUACCAGGCGUUGCUGCAUGUGCCGGUGCCCUUCGAGUUCGUGGAGGUGGAUAAGGCCAAGCAACUCUUCACAGAGAAAUCGAGGCUUUGGAACCUCGCGAGUGAUUGGAAGGCUCAGUAUGAUGGUGUUUGGAAGAAGGAAGACAUCUGGAGGAAGGACGAGCACAACAAGUUCAAUGUGGAGGAAAUGAACAAGAAGGUGAUGGAUUUCUCCAAGACAGCGUAUCAGCUCACGCGCAGCUUGGAAGGAGACAAAGUGGCUCAAGACAUUAGGGCGCAGAUCGAUGAAGUGAAGGGCCACAUGCCCUGCAUUAUGGACUUGGGAAACCCAGCGAUGAAGGAUCGGCAUCAUGCCAAGAUCAAACAGGAGAUUGAGUGGAAGCACCCGGCGUCCCAGCAGGUGACGCUGAACCAGUUGAUUGCACACAAGGUCUUCGACAAGAAGGACUUCAUCGCCGAGAUCAGCGGCAUCGCCAGCGGCGAGUUCGCCCUGGAGCAGCAGCUCCAGAAGGUGAUGGAUGCCUGGAAUGAUCUACUGUUGCCCAUCCAGCAGCACCGCCGGGAGCAGUGGAUCUUGGGGGAUGUCUCUGAUAUCAUCACACAGUUGGAGGACCACUCGGUACAGAUCCAGACGAUGAUGGGGUCUCGCUUUGUGCGUGACAUCCGACAAAAUGUGGAGAUCUGGGAGCAGAAGAUUAGGUUGGCCACCGACACCUUGGAUGAAUGGCUUCAAGUCCAGAGAGCCUGGAUGUAUCUGGAAAGUAUCUUCUCCGCGGAGGAUAUCCAGCGUCAGCUGCCCACGGAGAGUGCGAAGUUCAAGACAGUGGACAAGUCAUGGAAAGAUUGGUUCAAGAAGGUCCGGCAGUCCUAUACCAAGGCGAUGGAAGCGUCGGGAUGCCCAGAGUUUCCGGCUGGUGUCGGAUUUUUCUGGCCGUUCUCCUUGCAGAAAAACGAAGCGGGCAUUGGCAGGAACUGGGUGCCCAGGCGCCGGCCCGUGAUGGAUGUGGUGGAUCCAGGGCGGUUCCGCCUGGAACACCAGACGAGCAGGGUGGACCGGGGCAGCGAGCCCUGUGAGGAGGAAGAGAUCUUGGUCUUUUCGAAGGAUGAUGAGCUCUACGAGGGUCGUGGUGGCGCAAGACAUGAAGCAUCUCUGGAUGAGACUGGCCUGACGAUAAUGCAGGAGAAGAUCAAUUCGGAUGGAGAAAGCAUAGGUAGCUUUGAGCCCUUCAAGCUUCCGUUCAGCGCUCUGCUGCCCAAAACACCUCGUGAUGGACCCAGUCCCUUCGACGAGCUGGAGAGUGCAUUGGACAGCCUCAAGAAGCUGCCGAAAGAAGGACCGUGA